AUGUCUUCCUCCGCUUCUUUUGAGCCCAUGCCAGCCUCGGCUGCGGCUACAAUUGCAAAAUACCACAUCUUCUCGCCAGAUGUCCCAGGCUUUUUGGAUCUGGAGAUUAGCCAGGCACAACACCGCGUCAACCUCGUCAACUUCUGGCAAAUCGCCCCGGGCGGCCGCGUCCUUGAGAUCGGAUGCGGCCAGGGCACCACGACUGCGGUAUUGGCCGAAGCCGUUGGGCCCACUGGCCAUGUUGAUGCUGUAGACCCUGGUCCACCAAGCUACGGAUCCCCCUGGACACUUGCUCAAGCGCAGGAGCACCUCUCGGCCGGUCCAAUUGGUGAUCGUAUCUCGUGGAACUUUGCCGACCCCAUCGACUACCUAGUGGAGAAUGCCGACAAGUCGUGGGAUUACGUUGUAUUCGCCCACUGUAUCUGGUACUUUGAUUCGCCUGCGACGCUCACCAAGAUGUUGGGCGCCCUGAGGGGACGAGCCAAGUCUCUUCUCAUUGCGGAAUAUGCUCUAAAGGCGACUCAGAAGAAUGCUCUGCCGCAUGUCCUUGCUUCAGUGGCCCGAGCCACGCUCGAGGCACACAAUAAAAACAGCGCAGCCAACAUUCGCUGUCUUUCCAGCCCUGGUGCUAUCGCUGAUGCGACCAAGGAGAAUGGCUGGGUUCUUGAUGAAGAGACAAUCGUGGUGCCAGAGGAGGGACUCUUGGAUGGCCACUGGGAGACGGGAACUGUCAAGAGUCCCAACUUCUUGAAGGAAAUUGAGAAGAAGGUUGAAGAUCCGAAAGUCAGGGCGCUUUUGCGAUCGGCGAGAGAUGGUGUUCUUGGCGUUUUGGAGACUCUGGAAGUGAAGAGGUCGUGGACUAUGGACGUUUGGGCCGCCAAGCUUCACUAG